UUGAAUGCCGCAGCUAUGAAACUGUUCACUCUUUUAUGUAUGGAUGCUGAGGGCGUUGUGUUGUGUCCGAAAUUAUUGGCGAGUGCCCUGUAUUUCAAAUCGAAGCUUCAACUGCACAAUUUUACUAUCUACGAUAUAUUGACUCACGACUCAACAAAUUAUGUCUGGGAUGAAACCGAGAGCGACCUGCAAUCAUCUACAUUUGUUAGCAUAAUCAUUCAUCAUUUGGAGAAACGUCUUCAGUCUGGACCUCUUCCGAUAACAGUUUAUUCUGAUGGAUGCGGUUAUCAGAAUCGCAAUGUUGUAAUGGCGAAUGCGCUUCGAUUGUUGGCGAUAAAAUAUUCCCGAUCGAUUACUCAGAAGUUUUUGGAAGUUGGUCACACUCACAUGGAGUGUGAUUCUACGCAUGCGUGUAUUGAACGAAGAUCAAAAGGAAUGACGUUCAACUUACCAUCUGACUUUGAAACAGCCAUUUCAACGGCGCGUGACAAACCAUCACCAUUCAUUGUUGAGCAUUUGACACAUAAAUUCUUCCGGAAUUACGAUGACCCAAACUACUUGACAUUGAAAUCGAUUCGUCCAGGUAAAAAAGCGGGCGACCCUAAGGUCACUGAUAUCCGGGCCCUUCGAUACGAUCCAGAUGGAAAGAUUUUCUAUAAACUUCAUUUUGAUGACGAGUUUAAAGUGCUACCACAAGCCUUCAACAAGCAAAACAUUUCGGUGCCGACCAAUUUGCACAAAGACCGACUGGCAAUAAGUGCGACCAAGUGGAAGCACCUGCAGGAGCUUAAAUCUGUUAUUGACGCGAAAAGCCAUUCUUUUUAUGAUAACAUUCCCCACCGCGUUGGCGAAGAAAAAAUUACAUCAGAGAACGACAAACUGAAAAAAGUAAUGGCGAACAUUAAUCUCGUCGAAGCCACAUCAACUAAUAAAAAUGUGAAGCCGAAAGUAGUUCGAGAAAAUGCAAAGAGAAAAGUUGUACGAAAAAAUACAAAAAAUUAAAUAAUUCUAACUUCGACACAUUGUCAAUGAAAUUCACUUGAAUAAAACAAUAUUAAACUUACGCAUUUCUGCUUAUUGAAGAAUUCCAUGGAGGAAUCUUGAACCUCAAAAUUACUGAGAUGAAUUGACGAAAUCAACUGUGGUUAUGUUUUGAAAAUAUGACAAUAAUGACAUUUGCAUUGAAAGGUAAAGAAGGUGGCAAAAUUUUAAAUUAUGAUAACGCAGUUGCUAAUUUGAGAUACGGCCUGUUCGCAGAAAACCAU